AUGUCUGAGGCUAGUGGUACAGAAAGAUACACCCCACAGCAUCCGCUACCAGAAGAAAUCAAGAAAAUGUCCAAAGAUGAAACCGUCUGCCAUUUUUGUGGAGUGAGCUAUUUAAUACACAGUGAAAUGAAGAGACUUGAAGACAGGUUGAAGGAGAUUGAGAAAGAAUUAGAGAAUUAUAAAGGAGCAGUGGAAAGAGAACAAGUUUUAAUAGAAGAAAAUGAAAAGUUGAAAUCUGUAAAAGAAGAAUUGGAAAAUAUGUUACAAAGUAAAGAAUCAGAGUAG